CCCUCCGAAUUCCAGUGCCUCCAAAUCAACUCCCCGAUCCAAUCCCCAAUCCACCAGACUAGCCUUCCCUGAUCCCUCCGGCGCCGCCGCCGCUCGCCGGCCCGUACCCGCGCCUCUUCUCGCCGCCCCUCCACCCAGCCCCUUCACAAAGCUCCUCCUCUUCGCAUCCCAGCGGCAGAAGGCAGCGGCGGCGGUAUGGGGAAGAGCGACUUCCUGACGCCGAAGGCGAUCGCGAACCGGAUCAAGGCCAAGGGUCUGCAGAAGCUGCGGUGGUACUGCCAGAUGUGCCAGAAGCAGUGCCGCGACGAGAACGGCUUCAAGUGCCACUGCAUGUCGGAGUCGCACCAGCGGCAGAUGGCCAUCUUCGGCCAGGCCCCCGACCGCGUCGUCGAGGGCUUCUCCGACGAGUUCCUCGAGGAGUUCCUCACCCUGCUCCGCCGCGCCCACCGCAGCUCCCGCGUCGCCGCCACCGUCGUCUACAACGAGUUCAUCGCCGACCGCCACCACGUGCACAUGAACUCCACCCGCUGGGCCACGCUCACCGAGUUCGUCAAGUUCCUUGGCCGCGAGGGCCACGCCAAGGUCGAGGAGACGCCCAAGGGCUGGUUCCUCACCUACAUCGACAGGGACUCCGAGCAGGCCAUCAAGGACAGGCUCAAGCGCAAGAGGGUCAAGUCCGACCUCGCCGAGGACGAGCGGCAGGAGCUCAUGAUUGCCCGGCAGAUUGAGCGCGCCCAGCAAUCCAUGUCCAAGGCUAAUGGCGAUGAAGAUGAUGCGGAUGCCGAGGGUGUCACGGGUAGUGAAGAUGAGUAUUCAGGAUCAGACGAUGAUCAAGAAGAACCGGAGGAGGAGGAUGUGAAGGAGGCCAACAAGACAACAAGGAAGAUUGCAAUUGCACUCCAGCGGGCUGCACCACCGCCUAAGGUUAACCCUUUCGACGAUAAGCCAAAGAUGAAAUUUGGCUUCGAGGAAGAGGAGGAGGUGGUCAAUAAGAAGGGGAAAGAUGCUGGGAAAGCAGCAGAACCGAGGAGGUCAGCCAUUGAAGACCUGAUGAAGGAGGAGGAGAAUGCUAAGGAGCGGAGCAACCGGAAGGACUACUGGCUGUGCCCUGGCAUCGUUGUCAAGGUAAUGAGUAAAUCUCUGGCUGAGAAGGGGUACUACAAGCAGAAGGGGCUGGUGAAGAGGGUGAUCGAUAAGUAUGUUGGGGAGAUUGAGAUGCUAGAGAGCAAGCAUGUUCUCAGGGUCGACCAAGAUGAACUUGAGACCGUGAUCCCACAGAUUGGUGGGCUGGUGCGGAUUGUGAAUGGGGCUUACCGGGGGUCGAAUGCAAGGUUGCUCGCAGUGGACACAGAGAGAUUCUGUGCCAAAUUGCAGGUUGAGAAGGGCCUAUAUGAUGGGAAAGUUCUCAGGGCCAUUGAGUAUGAAGACAUUUGCAAGGUUGCUUAGUGAGAUAUCAUGGAAUUUCAUUUUUCAAUUCCAGCACUUCUUUUUGCUGUAAAAUGGAGUUACAGACCCAAUGUACUAGCUCUGUCUGUUAGUUGUGUGAUAGUGUAUGUGCAUUUGUGCUUGUGCUAGAAUAUCACCUAUUGAAGAAGUUUGAAAUCUUGAUGUUUCUAGUUCACUCUU